GUAUUUAUCAGAUGAACUUGUUCCAGUCGAGAAAGAGUUCCGCUUUGUGAAAAAUAAUUUUUCGGUUUCAAAAAAAAAAAAAAAAAAAAAGAGGUGUUGAAAAGGACAACGUAAAUGGGCACGCAGAUAAAAUGCAACGCCUGCAUGCACGUUUACAAAAAUGCUUUGCUGUUUUUGAUCGAGACGUUUACAAUGUGAAAUGGAUGUGUAGAUACACCUGCAUUGCCGCAGACAUUCAUACAGCUGAAAGAAAAUACGAUUGCUGUACUUAUUUAAAUAAGAAUGUAAGAGGAAACUCUGAUAAAAGCUGUAAGAGGACUCCGCAGAAGCAGAUUUGCCAAGUUGUUCUCCAGCACUUUGAUCAGCAGUACCAUGAAGAACUUGGAGAAGCAUGGAGCACAGCCAGGGAGGCGCUGCUAUGUCCCGCUGGCUGGCAGUACGCUGUGAUGAUGAACAGGUUCAACCUCUCUGUUGAAAUGAUGCAGAGUCUCAAGUGUCAGGGAUACUCCAGUCUCCUGAAGGAUGCCCCAGGCUCCUCAUACAGCUCCUUGCAGUGCUUUGUCAGCAAGACUCAGUCUAGACUCCCCUCCCAGCAGCACCGGCCCGGCAAGCUCAAGCACUACUACCUCCUCAAUGCAGCCUCUCUUCUCCCAGUUCUGGCCUUGGAGGCGAGUGAUGGAGACAAAAUAUUGGACUUGUGUUCUGCCCCUGGAGGCAAAUCCAUUGCAAUAUUGCAGACAGGUACUCCAGGUAUCCUACAUUGCAAUGAAUGGGACAUCCUGAGAUGGAAGUGGCUGAAGCAGACCCUGGAAUCAUUUUUACCUACAGACCUGUAUAAUGCAGUCAUGGUAUCAAAUCUAGAUGGAAGACACAUUGGAGAGAGGGAACCAGGAAUGUAUGAUAAGGUGCUGGUGGAUGCACCGUGCUCCAAUGAUCGGAGCUGGCUCUUCUCUUCAGAUUACGUGCAGGCUGGAACUAGGAUCGAACAAAGAGAUAAGCUACCUGCUUUACAGAAACAACUGCUCAGGUCAGCUAUUGAAGCGCUGCGGCCUGGAGGAACAGUGGUUUACUCAACAUGCACUCUUUCACGGGCUGAAAACAGUGAUGUCGUAGCGUCAAUGCUCUCAUCUUGUGACAACGUCGAGCUUGUGGACCUAACAGGACAGAUGGCCUCUGUGUCACAGCACUUCACCUUUGCCCCUGGCAAUACGCUUGGUCAUUUAGUGAUCCCAGAAAGGGGGAAAACUUGGGGACCAAUGUAUGUUGCUAAGUUAAAGAAACUUUACUGAACCCUUCGAUGUCUAUUUCUUUCCUUCAGGACUGUCUACUUCUAAACCUGAAACUAAAUGGAAGACAUAUCUGUAAUAAUGCUGUAUAUACCACCAGCUCAGAGAUGCUAAACCACGUUAUAAGAGGUGGUUCAGUACCUGGAACCCCUAUCUUAAUUUUAACUUAAUUUAAUUUUAGCAGAUGCCUAAUUUAGCCUCCCAUGUGUUAGUUUAUCAUUGUGCAUUUGUUAUUCUUCCCACUAGUUUAAGAGUUGACCAGACAGAUUUUCUUCUCAGCUUAAAAUAGCAGUACAAAGUGUACACUAAUAGCAAGUCCAUCAUUUAAAUAAAUAAAUAAAUAAAUAAAACAGCUUAAACCCAGUUUGCAAUGAAUGUAGAGACAGCCCACAGAGCUGACGCCUGUCUGAAAGUAUAUGUGUACAGUUUUUCUACAUAUAUAUUUUUGUAUUAUUAUUUUUGACAUGUUACGUAUAUAAAUGGCUUGGUCUCUCGCUGUGUAUAAGUAGACCUCUCACGCUAUGCAGCUGUGCAAACUUGGUCUCUCUCUCUCUCUCUCUCUCUCUACCUUGACACACUUUUGUCUGAAACUCAUUGUCAAAGGGGUAUCAUUACAAUACAGUCAUAUUGCGACUACAACUUAAAAAUGUCAGGCUGAUGCCAGUGGCAAUGCAACAGCCAACAUCAAUUCAAAGAAUAAAGUACUCCUCAAUUGUUGCCUUUCAAAAUGUCACCUCCUUGCACAUAAUCACACUCUAGCUGGUGCAGCAAGCCUGACACAGACACAACCUUCCAUGUUUAUUAUAUGCAUUAUAUACAUUCACUGUAUUGAACAGCCGUCUGCAUCACCUGACAGACAGCAUUCUGAUCACGUAAACAAACUGGUGCGAUUACCGUGGUGAAGGACCAAGAAAGGCACACUUUAAUUCACUGGGGAUGCAGACUUUUCUGGUGUGAAACCUGUCGGAGCAAAAUGGCAAUAGUAGUUCAUUUUCAGCUGAAUUCUAAAUUGGAUCUUUAUAAACGAACCAGGAGGCCCUCAUCCCUGUCAGACACUGUAUGCCCAUCGGGGUCGAUGGUUUUCAACUGUACACCUCAGCUCCAGUCCAUAUUUGUGUAAUAUGGCACCUCUGGAUUGAAAGUCAUUAAAAAAAACUUGGAAAUAACUUUUUUUUGUUUUAAUUAAAUCUCUCCCUUAACAGGCUAUACAGGUGUUUGUCGCUGUAUUGUAAUAACACUUUUCUCUAGCUGCAAAAGGCUGGCAGUGUGCUUGUGUUUUGUUUGUCAUUAUUUCAGUUACGUCUGCCAUUUUGGAAAUGUACAAAUACAAAUAAAGCACUGUUCUUGGCAAUAAAACUGCCACACGUUUAUAAAAUAAUCUUUUAAAAUUGUGUUUAGGUCACAAUCUCCAUUCUCCUCUACAAUAAUGUUUUUUACUGUAUUGUUGUAGUGCCGAACACACACACAGUGUUAAAAUAACCCCUGGAAUCUGAAAAUAAUUAGAAACACGCUUGUUGUUUGAGGUUGGUUCACAAUGAGAUGUGUUCAAUUCCCAGUAAUCCCCAAUGAGAGCUGAUGCAUUUUCUAUGAGGCAUAAAAGCUGGUUCUCAUCAGCUUUGCACAAUUACUGAAAAAGCUGCAUGUAUUUUUACCAGCCAGAUUCCCGUAUUAA